UCCGGUGCGCAAAGAUCUCCGGCGAGCCCAAGGAAGCUUCACGUUUAGUUCACAGUCCCGUGAAUGAAAACACCGACUGCGAGGCAUCAGAAAGACAUCUAGCUGUUUAUCUAAGCCACGUUUCCGUGCAGUUAUUCGUUUAGUUUCUCGAUAUCGGAUUGUUGGAGCUCCGGAGGGACACUUGGGGAGACUUUAUCCACCUGAGUCUCGCGCGCCGCCGGAUACCUGCCGUGAAUUUCACCUCACGUCUCGCAAUGUUCAUCUGAUCCGGCUCGGCUUUUCGCGCAAAGUGGAUUUUUUUGCGCUCGAUCGUUCCGUGGGUCCGUCCGCGCGCGCGUGUUUGUUUAUGUGAUAUUUCUAAAAUGCAUCAUCACCAUCAUCAUCACCAUCAUCAGAGAAUGGCCGCGUUGGGGUCGGAUAAGGAACUUAGCGAUUUACUGGAUUUCAGCGCGAUGCGAAACAACGAUUUGAAAAUGUUCCCCACACCAAUGAUGUUUUCACCUCCUGUCGGCAGUGGAAAGAACGGACCGACGUCUCUGGCCAGUGGACAUUUCUCAGCUUCAAAUGUUGAAGAGAGACCCAGUUCGUCCUGGGGAAAUGGAGUAAGGACCACAAAGAAUUACACAGACGGCUCACAGUACGGACACAUGACCAACCGGGAUCUGGGGUCACAUGACAACAUUUCUCCUCCAUAUGUCAAUUCCAGAAUAGCAGGUAAAACAGAACGAGCGUCGUAUUCUUACGGACGAGACUCCAGCAUACACGGCUGUCAUCAGUCCGGUCUCAUGGGAGGUGAGGUGGGAAUGGUCAGUCCUGAGACGGUGUCGCCCACCAAACUGGGAUCCCAGUAUUACCAGCAUUACACGGGGAACCCACGGCGACGAGCCCUGCACACCGACCCCAUGGAAGUCCAAACGAAAAAAGUUCGGAAAGUUCCUCCAGGAUUACCCUCUUCAGUGUACGCCCCUUCAGCCAGCACUGCAGAUUAUAACCGUGAUUCACCCGGUUACCCGUCGUCAAAAGCACCAGGCAGCAGCUUCCCCACGUCUUUCUUUAUGCCAGAUGGUCAUCACAGUUCAGAUCCAUGGAGUUCAUCAGGCAGUAUGAAUCAGAGCGGAUACAACAGCAUGCUGGGAAACUCAACACACGCGUCUCAGAGCAGCAGUUACUGCGGCAUACAUCCACACGACAGACUCAGUUACCCGUCACACUCGUCGGCUGAGAUUAACCCCAGUCUUCCUCCCAUGUCCAGUUUUCAUCGCAGCGGCGGCUCGAGUCACUACAGCACCGCCUCCUGCUCGGCCACCACCAACGGCACAGAGAGCGCGAUGGCCAAUCGAGCGUCGAGUUCAGCGGCCAGCAGUUCACAGACGGGUGAUGCGUUAGGAAAGGCUUUGGCUUCAAUCUAUUCUCCCGAUCACACCAACAACAGCUUCCCAUCGAACCCGUCCACUCCAGUGGGAUCGCCCCCCUCGCUCGCAGCUGCCAGUACGGCUGUAUGGUCGAGGAACGGUCAGGGACCUUCAUCCCCGAGCUAUGAACCACCUCUGCACACUCUGCAGAGUCGUAUCGAGGACAGACUGGAGCGUCUAGACGAUGCCAUUCACGUGUUGAGGAGUCACGCGGUGGGACCGUCCACGGCCAUGGCCGGCGCUCACGCAGACAUGCACGGAUUGAUCACAUCAUCUCACUCUCACAACGGAGCCAUGAGCGGAUACAGCUCAGGACUGCUGUCUGCUAACAGACACUCACUCAUGGUGGGUGGUCAUCGCGAGGAUGGUGUUGGUUUGAGGAGUGGUCACUCCAGUCAGGUUCCAGUACCGCAACUCCCUGUGCAGUCAGCCACCUCCCCCGACCUCCAGCCCGACCCAUACAGGGCUCUCUCAGCGGGUCUGCAGGGUCACAGCACCUCAUCUGUGAGCUCAGAGAUAAAAUCAGAAGAUGAAGGAGACGAGAAUCUCCAGGACAGUAAAUCUCUGGACUCCAAGAAAGACGACAUGGACAGCAAGGAUCUCAAAGGAUUAGAGAGGUCAAGAUCUAGUAAUAAUGAUGAUGAGGAUUUGACUCCGGAGCAGAAGCUGGAGAGAGAGAAGGAGCGGAGGAUGGCCAAUAACGCCCGCGAGCGCCUGCGUGUGCGUGACAUCAAUGAAGCGUUUAAAGAACUGGGACGUAUGGUGCAAAUUCACCUGAAGAGCGACAAACCACAGACCAAACUGCUCAUACUGCAUCAGGCCGUCGCUGUCAUCCUGAGUCUGGAACAACAGGUCCGAGAGCGGAACCUCAACCCAAAGGCGGCGUGUUUGAAGAGACGAGAAGAGGAGAAAGUGUCGUCGGACGGCCCUCCUCUCUCAUUGGCCGGUGCCCACCAUGGCAUGGGCGAGACGUCCAAUCCCAUGGGACAAAUGUCAAAGCUGCCAGAGUUCAUCAAAAUGGCGACCAAUCACUUCUUCUGACAGUCCGAAAAAAUCAAUCAAACUUCCAUCUGAUCCUCCAACUUCAACUGUCCUCCUCCUAACCGGAUCACAGCAGCUGUUGAUACGGAUUUACUGUAAAUUAUGGAAAACUGGCAGAGCCGCAUGGAGUCAUCGUCCGUAUCUUCCUCCUGCUAAAAAAAUAAAGAAGACGCUUUCACCGAACAGCAGUGGAUUUCUCAAACAUAUCAUGAUGAUGUAAGAACAGCCCUCUGAUUUCAAUGGCAAUCUCGUCCACACUGUGGGACUUCUGUAGCUGUGCCUCACGGGACGUCUGAACGGACCAACACAUUUAUCACAUUCUCUAGCGGUCCAUGUUGAGUUUGGGGCGAGAAAGAGGGGCUUUAAUUCAAAAACGGGAUGGGAUCAGGUUGUAGAAUUUAGCAAAAUUGCUCAAAUAGUUGCAAUAAUGAUGUGUGUUGUUUUGGAAAGCUAGUGAAUUUGACAGAGUCAACAAAGUGUUUCGAAACCAGCAAGACCCCGACAAUGAAAAUUUAUGGUGCGUUUCUUCACCACGUUAGGACAGGUUUGUCAUCAAACUUUGCUCUCGUAGACCCGAAGGUCGCGGUUUAUGAGCAGACGUGUGCGCAGACGGCCACACCCCGUUUAACAGAAGGUGGCCCACCGGUGAUCUCUCCUGUUAAGCCCCGCCCCCGCGAGGAGCCCGAAGAUGCAAUUUUCACAAAACUAAACUUCAACCGAUGUGCCUUUUAGAGCUCAUAUCAUCACACGACUCAUUAUCAGAACUUUCUAGAAUGCAAGCGUAGGAAACGUUAGUCUUUAGGUCUAUGCAGACAGGUAUUUUAUGGCCUGGACUUUAAAAAAAAAGUAAAAAGGUAAAAAAAGUAUUUUUGGGAUAAACUGUAUUUAAUGUACUGUAUGCCUAUAUGUAAUUAGUAGGUGUGUCCACCCCACCUGGCCCCGCCCACAACCCCGCCCACAGCCCGUCACUGUUGUUAUUGAGCGUUGUAUUAUAGCUAUCGGCUUUUAUGAAUACUGGCUUGUUGUUGAGCCGCUGUAGUCCACGGUACACACGUGUGUGGUUAUAUGUGUAAAAUGUUUCAUUUUUCUUUUGUUUUGAUAUUUUUAUUGUACGUCUGUGCUGGUUUCUUUUGCAAAAAGACAAAAUGGAGAGAAAAAACGACGAAAGCAGCCGCACACGUCUGGGCAGUGUUUCUGUCAAGCCAGUCGACGGGAGGAAAAAAAUGUCUAUUCGAAAAAAAAACAUAUAUAUAAAUGUAUAAAUAUAUACAGUAUAUAAAGCGAGGCCUAGAGUGUGGACGUGAAGAGGAUUCUCUUUAUUUCCGUCAAGCGGAGAACUCUCGUCCCUUGAGGAGACACGUGACUAUUUCGCAGCGAUGGCUCCACGGGACCGUAGGGUCGUCCGCUCUCGUCCAAGAGAGACGACCGCCGCACCUACAAGGCAAACAUGGACAUUUGUAAAUUGUAUGCAACAAAUGCGAACUUACCAUUAUUUUGAAAUCGUGUAUGUAAAAGUUAUAUUUUUACAUGUAGGCUGUUGUUAUUUUGUGUUUAGAAAAUGCGUUGUGUUCUUUUUUUUCUUCGUUACGAGACGACAAAAGAAGUCAUUGCGUGUUGAAACGUGUCACAUUGAAAAUGUAGUAAGGUCAAAAGCAAAAAACAAAACAAAAAAACCUUCUGUUUAUAUUUCUGGGAACAUUUUUCUUUUGUAAACGUGGGGGUGGGGCUCGGGAAUCAAAGCUAUACCAUCAUUCUCUCGUCCUCUUUCAUCGUUUCAUUGUCAUUUUUUAUUGUAUUUCUGUAAAUAGAAUCCCGAGCUGAGGGUUCGGGACACUUUUUAACCUGCCAGUGAUCAUGUGACCAACAAUCAGAUCAUCGUUUUCAUGAUAAUCACUUUUGUAAAGAGACAUCAGUGACGGAAUCGACUCGACUUGUUUUUAGUGAUGGUGGUUCAUAUGACGGCUAAACUUUUCUUUGUGUUUUUUUUCUUCUCAAAACAAAAUGCAAAGUGUCAUGAAUCGUUAUGCAUUAUUUGCAGAUGCAGAUUAUUCCAACACAAUCCUGAUGUGGCACACGUGUACUUCAGCAUCGCUUCAGUCCUGAUGGUGUUUUUGUCCUUUCGGUCAGUUUUCCGAAAACAUCUGAAGUUGUGUUUUGCCAGUGCUAAAGAUGUUUGAAUACUUCUCUUGUGCUCAUCACCUUGUUGUAGCCGCUUUUAAUUCCUAUGAUGACGGUGGAAAGAUGAUGAUGUUUCCUCUCGCUUGUUCAUAAUGUACAUACUUGUUAUCGCUUUUAUUAACUGAUUUGUUUUUUGUUCGUUUUUUUAAGUCAAAUGCAAAACUAAACGACAGUUUUCCAUCGAGCCGUGGGCUGUGUGAACUCUUCUGUGCUCCUCAGAUUGUGAGAUAAAGAUGAUUCCAGACACCGCUGCUCGUUUUUGUGAGCGUCACAUCUGCGGUUUGUACCGGAGCUCUUCGUGCUUUGUGUCCUCUGAGAUUUUGGAGAAAUACGUUUUCUUUUUGUCACUUUAGUGUGAUUUCAAUAAAGAGAGCCGUUCUAGGACGCUUCUGCUCAUCGGUUACACCAUCACCCCAUUCAUAAUCAUUACCCUUCAGUGAUGAAUGAGAUAAAACACAACGAUACUGACAGGAACAUUUACUCCAGUGUGCAAUUUUAUUGCGUAGGUUUCAUCGUCUGUCUUGCACUGAGGUUGUUCGAUGGAUUAUUUUACAUCAUAGUUUAGCUCCUGAGAUUCAGACGUCACGUUUAAUUGGGUGGAGAUCAACUUAAAUGUGAAACUCGACAAAGUUAAAAGCAGCACAAAAAUGAAGCACAAAGAAAAAUCUACAAAUGUGUAAUAAGAAAAUAUAAAAAAAUCAAACCAAGAAAAAUAACUGGAGUGUUUUCAGUUAAACGUGUGUCAUGUAUGAAUCAUGUAUGAACUGAGGCCUUUUCUCAUGACAAACACCACAGAAGCACUUGUCUCUGGAUGUUUCUUGAAAAGAAAAUCCAUUUUAAAACGUCAAACUUGAUCUGGUGUAUCUGAGGGCCAGUUCUUUUAAAAACAAUUGACAAAACUGGAGGAUACGACAAAAAGAGUUUCACUUUGCAGUUUUGUGGAAUCAUUGAAAGUAUAUUUGUUGCUUUGUUUUAUUAUUUAAAGACAUCUUUUCUGUCCGAUGUGUGUGUCAUAAAUCUUAUAUUUUAAACUCUGUGUAUGUGUGCAUAAAUGUUGUGCGUUGUGUUUUUAUGCUUAAGUUCUUCAUUUUCGAUUUGAUGUUAUUGUCUCAUCAUCCAUCUUCUCGUCCUGUAGUUAUUCAGUGUUGUCGUGUACAUACAGUAACAUCUCCAGCAAUAAAUGUGCCCUUUUAAUGAC